GAAUAAACACCCCUGGGGUUCAGUCAGUUUAUUUUAGAAUUCCGGAAGCCAUGUUAACAGUAUAGAUUUAUUAUUCAAAUAAUUUACGUUAUUUCUAAGUAUAAUUAUAUAAUAUGGCCUGAAAGAUUAGAAAUAAAAAAGGUUAAAUGGUCAAACAGUUUAAGAAAAUCUGUAGACUUAUAAAAAACAAUGAGUGUCUGUGUAUAUUAUUAAAAUCAGUUACAGAUAAAAAUAUUUAAAAAAAGACAAAAAUGUAAACUCUUGUCACAGUUGUGGGAAUGAGUGAGGUCCCUUUUCAACCUAAUCAACAUCUAAAUCAAGGUAGUUUUGAGAUUGGAUCUGAUUAUGACAGUAGCUCUGUGUCUAGCUGCAACACUUUAACAGGAAAUGUUACUCAGAGAGGAACCUGUACACCAUUACCUAAAGGAAAUCUAAAGCCUUGGACAGGUCAAGUAAGCCGUUCACCUACAAGCUGGACACUGCAAAGUUUUAAUAGUGAUAAUCUCAUCGCAUGGGAUUCAAAAAGUGGAACAAGUUAUAUGGAAAGAUUACUACGUGAUGGCGGAGAUUUGGACUCAAUGGAUAGAUCUCUUUUUGAUACAGAUGGAGUGACUUUUGGAAAGGAGCCUUUUGCACGGGAGUCUUUUUCUAAUUCCAGAGAGUUAUUGCUAGAUAAUAAAGAUAGUUCAAGGGAGACCCUUGUUGAUUCUGUUGAAACAUUGGUUGUUUGCAGAAUAAAGCCUCCAAUCCCUCGACUGAAUUGUUCCUACGCCAGUCCCAAUACUAAGAGUACUACAGCCCCGCUCUGCGUAGAAGAAGAUAAACGAGAAUCAAUCGUAAGUUCGAUGGAGAACGGUACAAAAACAGAGGCGACAUCUCUGCCAAAUGGUGUUCAAGCAAAACCUGCUGAUUUAGAAACAGGUACUUUGCAAUAA